AUGCCUCGCACAUCUAAUAUCCACUCUGAAACUUAUGGCCUGACUAAGGGGGAGACACGUCUCCUUCUUCUCUCUACGGUCGUGCUUGACGACUAUGGCAAGAUCAACUUUGUCGAAAUUGCCAAGAGGACUAAGGUCGAGGUGGCCACAGCCAAAACCGUCUACACCAAAACCAAGAACAAACUCCGGAAGAAUCUUGAGGAGAAUGUCUCCAGCCCCACCACGAACGCUACCAAGUCCAAGCCCGAGGCUGCGGCUGAUGAUGAGCCGUUCGAGGCCCUCGAGCCAGUGCCCGACUCUGAUACCGAAUAG